UUCUCGUGUACACAACGACGAUGCAACAACAAUAGCUUUAAAUGACGGGACGGAACAUAAAACGUAAAAAUUUAGAGGAUUAAAUUUAAUUAAUUUAAAUGAAGUGUGAAUUGUAUAUAACAUGAAAGUAAUGAGAAAAUGCACAUAUAGUUUUAAUGAUCACAGUAGAUAAAGUGGUUUUGCGGGGGCAUGUGUUCGUGGUUAGACGGUGUGCAAACCAAAAGGCUGAAGUCAAAAAAAAUUAAAUUUCACACAGGAGUGGCAACAUGGAAUGCUGGAGAAGCGAAAAUUAAAUUUAGUGCUAUAAUUUUUCCAGUUUCGGAAGAAAUUCGAUAGAUUUUUGUCUUUGAAAUCAUAUCACAGAAAAGUUGUUACUUACUGUUGCAUUCUUAUGAUUAGUCAUACAAUAAUCAAAAUAUACGAGUAUUGAGUAGUGAAAAAGGCGUGAAGCCUUUCCUGUAAUUCAAAAGUUGUAAAAAGAAAAAGGCAACAAACCAUUAUCAUAAAGUGAAAGCGAAUGAAAAAGGGAAAUCUACGAUUAUUAAAAAAAACAACAACUUGUAAAAAAACGUGUGGUACGUGGAACGUGCAGCUGCUUAGAAGUGGAAGAACGGAAAAGAAGAAAAGUGGAAGGUGUAUUGUGGCGGGCAGGGCGGCGUAACAGCUGCCACAAACUAUAGUAUAAUCCAAGAAAAUUAAAGUUGCAGUUAAACUAUUGCUCGCAUUUUCGUGUAAUUAAGUAAAAUAGUAUUUUUGGUCGAAUUGCAGAACUUCUGCGACAAUCAUAGCUAAUUAUUUACUAGUAUAAAUAAUAAAAAUGUCCAGUUGGGCGCGACGAGCGGCAGAUAUUAGCAGUGUUGUCACUUCUUGUGGGCAUCCCGGCGCCUCUGCGCCAGACUAUACUUAUAGAUUGGAGAAAGUUAAGUUUGGUGUACCACUUGAGGAAGUUUGUAAAAACAAUGAAAACAUUCCAGGACCACUCUUGGUUCUUAUACUUAAAUUAAACAAAGAAUCUCCAAAUAGAAGAGACGUUUUUCGUGCCCCUGGACACCAGGGUGCUAUGAAAAAGUUAAUACAUUUUCUGCAGGCUGGUCGUUUAGUGAAUGUCGACAACUAUUCAGUUUAUACGAUUGCAAGUGUGCUAAAGAAAUUUCUACGAAAAAUACCCAAUGGUAUCUUUGGGCGAGCGGGUGAAAAAGAAUUAUUUGACAUUAUAGAGUUGGAGAAUGAGUCUGAGCAGACAGAUCGCUUGCACAGAUUAUUUACAUCACUGCCGAAAUACACUCAACGUUUACUAGUUUUACUCUUUGGUACAUUCCGUGUUAUUGCCAGCAAUGCAACUCAGGCCAGUACAGGCAUGACCAGCGAAGCCCUGGGAGUUUCAGUGGCGCCAAGUUUCUUUCAAUCCUGCGUUAGUGAUGGGAAAACAGCACGUAUGGAAGAUGUGCUUAAAUUCAAGGUGGCUACAAAAAUUAUGAAGCAAAUAAUCGAUAAAUUUGCCACGCAUGACUUAUUUGGACGUGAAAAUUACGAAUAUUAUGCGCGAGUUACGGGGCGCAUACUCAAAGUACAGGACGAAUGGAUUUGUAGUUUUCAGUAUCCACCUCCACCACGUGGUAAAUUGGCGCAGCAAAAGUAUGCACUACAACACUCCCUUGAGGCAGAAAAGACAUGGUUACAGUGCCAGUGCGAGCGGUGGGGUUUGCUUGGCAACAUCCGUUUGAGUAACAGCGCAGAGUCAAUUCAAUAUCCCGCCACAACUGCACGACGUCCAUCCACCCGACGAUUAAUCGGGUUAAACGUGCCACGGCAAUAUCCAAUGCGUUCUUCAUUGCGUCGCAACAGAGAGAAGCAGGUCUGCAGUGGUAAUACAAUCAACGGCAGUGGCAAUAGCGUUUCCGAUAGCAAUGGCCUACUCACAUCAAAUGUCGGUACAAUCGGUGCUGCUGGCGGUAUGUUGCCGGUUGGUACAGCACCGCCAUCAGUGCGCAACUCAAUUGCAGCGUGCUGCAGCAAUAUCGGCACCGUGCCUGAUAGUCAACAUAUUCUUGUACCAGCAUUUCCAUUUAAUCGGCUAGAAGACUGCACAAGUUCGUUGGAACGCAAGCGAAGGCAGUUGCGCUUGAGCAUGGAUGGUGGUAGUGAACGAACUGCUUCAGAAAGUGUGUGCGACAGCAAAUGUGGUGAUAUUAGUGACCUUAACUCUAUGCUAAUGGACACCACUGAUACUAUGAAAGACUGCGAUAAUGCGGAACCAACAUACGUUGAUGUAAGCGGUAACAACAAUUUAGUAUAUGCGACAACAAGUCUCAUUAAUAAUAUGCCAACGCUAAUCACAACGCGAAACUUGGAAAACGUCGUAGCUACAUCAACGGCGGGCCAAAAAGGAAGAAUAUCCACACAAAAUCCAAGCAGUGAUGGUGUUCAAACGGAACAGGCCGUUUCGACAAUUACCUUCAAAGCGCCGCGUGUAUGAAAAUAGUAAAUAAGCAUGGAUCCCCAACUACAUAAGGAGUAAGGAAUAAUCAGCAUAUCGCAAAAUGCUGGUAUAGUUAAUAAGUCGAAAAUCAGAUAUCCUUCGAUAUUUUGGUAGCAGUGUUUAUAUAUGUACAUAUUUUACUGUAUUUAUAAAUCUCAAAAUGUGCAAAACAAUUAUGUCGAAAAAUAGCAAUGUGAACAUUGUAGAUAUGGGUUCGGCUUUUUUAGGCAAUAUAAAAACGUAUGUAUGUCAGCAAUUUGAAAAUUUUAGACGGCUUUUGAAAUGAAUUGACGUAUGAAGAAUACAGAAAAGCUUAACAUGCAUGUUAUACGUGCACUAGAAUAGGUUCAAUAUUUCAAAAAACGUUAGUGAUAGCAAUAUUUAUUAGCAUAAAUUCGAUGGAGAAUUUAAAAAUAUAUAUAAGCAUAACAUUUUGUCAAACAACAAUUCGUUUACAUAUACAAAUGAACAUAUUAGUACAUAAUACAUAGUUUUUGUUGAUUAGAAAAUCGUUGGGAAUAUGUAAAUUCGCUAGAUAAAAUAAAAUAUCAAUACUUUAUAUGAUUGUAUAUGUUAGCUCACAUAAUAAUACAUAUUACACAUGAUGUGCACAAAAGUGUGCAUCUAUAUGUGUAAAAGUAUUAAUUCGAAUUUGUGUUUGGUGUCUUCUACUAUUCACUUUAUAUACUAUAUAGUAUGUACUUUCAUAUUGAUACACAGACAAUUGUUUACUUACAUUAUUGUAUUUACAUAUAUAAUAUAUGUACAUUAUAACGGGUUUAUAAUUCGUUGGUUUAAUUCAGUAUUAAUCGAAUAUAUUAGUUUAAAAUCCUAAGCCACUUACUGCCGAACUAUAUUAAAGGUCAUAACAGUUUAUUGUUAUAUACUGAAACUGUAAAAAAUUAAAAAUUAUUUACGCUUGAAUUUGAUGAAAUAAACAUAAUUAAUUUUUGAAAAUAAAUAAAUAACGAAGUGUGCAUGAUGAAUUAGUUUCCAACACAUUUCUUUUAUAACAAAGUAGCCAAUACUGUAUGUACCUCCAACUCGAACAUUUCAAAGAAAAAUCAAAUAUUUUUCGAACCUACUAUCAAUUUGUUUGUACCUAAUAUUAAAUAGUGUUUGUUGAGCUUGAACCUCCAAACGAUACAGCAAAGAAGCAUAAAUGUUCAUGUCCAAUCCCAUAAUCCGAUCCAAGUUCCCUUAUUUAAUAUUCAAAGCAUUAUCGUAAUUAUUCAUGUUCUCGCAUACAAACAAAUUAGGUUACGAUUUAAUUUAACAUAAAACUCUACAUUAAGGAAAAGAAAGAGCUUUUGAGAUAUUAAAGACUUUAAGCCGAAAUCAUUGUCUAUUCCCCUCAAUAAGUUUUAAAAAUCCACCAAACCACACAAUUGUCAAAAGAUGUUAGUUCAAUUCAAAAUAUGAAAUUUGUAUAUACAUUUUCUUAGCUAUGGAAAGCAUUUAUAAAGAACAAAUAAAUAUUAAUGGUUAAAAAUUGCCAAGCAUUCAGAAAGAAAAGAAAUAAGAGCAUACUAUACAAAACUAUUGCAGAGGUAAUAGGUUGCAGUUAUCGAAGUUAAAAUUUGUGGCAGCUAAAAGAGUGAAGUGUUUAUAGCUAAAAUAAAAAAUAAAUAAGUAAUAUAAUAACAAAAUGAUUGAUAUAAAUUAAUGUUACUUAUUUUCAAAUAAAAUAAUUCAUGUACUUGAAAAUGUUCAUAUUAUGACUAAGAUUUAGUAUGAAAUGUUUGUAAAUAUAUAUAAUUGCAUAUGUGCAUAGGUACAAUCCCAAUGACCUGGAAUUAAUAAUUUAUUGAAUUUCUUUUUUAUGUAUUUAAGCAUCAACAAUUGCUGUUAACAUUUUAUUAGAUUCAAAAUGCAUAUUUGAUCGUCGUUUUAUACUUGCUUUUAUAUAGUAUAUUUGCGUAUUUGGUAUAUCGGAGGACUUCAUUACCAAUUGUAAUUUCCAGUUUAUCUAAAAUUCCGAAUGAAAGCAUUUAUGUAAAAGCAUGUCGGUUGUAUAUCAAAAAAUAUAUAUGCUUUUAAGGUUAUAAAGCCUAACAGUAAAAGCUGAAUUUCUGUGGGUAUAAAUCAAUCACAUAUGUAAGUUAAUGUAUGCUAUAUAAUAAUAAAUGCUGAAAACAGAUAAUAAAGAUAAUAUAUAUGCUUAAUAAUAUCUCAUUUAUAAAAAAACAAUUUCGGUUUACUUUUAAUCUCCUAGAUUUUUAUUGUUUUUAAUAAUAAUAAAAAAUGCCUACAGUGUGGCGGUAAUCUUAAGUACCAAAUUGUGUGGGGUGAGCUUUUACAAGUAAGUAUUUAUGUACAUAUGCAGCACUAGCAUUCCCAUAUUUAUCUAGAGAUCGGUGCUUACAGUUCUGUAACCUUUUUUAAAUUGUUCAAAAUAUGUUCUUGUAUGUAUUUUAAAACUUCGAGAACUGGCGGAGGCUUUGGACGACCAUCUUAUUUCUCUUUCUUCUCAACAUCAGCCCUAACCAAAAUCUGCACCAAUUGUUCGGUUGUUAGGGAGAAAUUAAAGGCAUAUUUUUCCAAUAACACAUUUUUAUCCAAUUAUGAGGAGAAUACAAUUAACCGUUUCAAUUAAGUGCGACUUUGUAUGUAUUAUAUU